AUGACAGCGUGCGACAGCCUCGUGACCUACCCGUCAGUCCUGCUCCUGGCCAACCAGUCCUAUGCCCAGGUGGACGUGGCGACGGCAGAAUCGACCAAGCUGUUCGGCGUCUUUGUGCCGCCGGCGUGCCGCAAGGCAGCACUGCGGCUCUCGUGCCUGGGAGGCUUUGUCGGCUGCCAAUUCGACCCAGGGAGCAACACAUUUGCAUACUUUCCACCCUGUCGCAGCGUGUGCGAAGAGAUGGCGACGGCCUGCUCGGCCUUCCUCGAGUCACAGGACCAAGCCGACCUGGUGCCCGACUGCAGCACGCUCCCGACCGUCAACUGCAACGACGCCUCGCCCGACACCGUGGUGCCCUACAGUCAAGCGGACUGCCCGCAUCCGCUCAAGUUCAACCCGCACGGGAGCGUGGCUGAUCCCUCGGUGUCGUUGACCGCCGACGAGCAGAUAUGCGUGUACCCGUGUCCCGACCCCAUGUUCGAUGCGAGCGACUGGCGCGCAUCGGAAGGAAUCAGCAUUUCGCUGGGCAUCUUGUCGUUUAGCAUGAUUCUGUUCUUGAUCGUGACCUACUCGCUCAAUCCGCGCAAGCGACGAUUCCCGACCUCGUAUCAGCUGUGGCUCUGCGUGUCGUCCAUCAUCUGCACCACCGGCAUCGACCUCGCCGUAUUGGUGGGUGGACCGGAGCGCACCUAUUGCACGUGGGACGACACCCCAGUGUUGCAGAGUUUCGACGGCGCGCGAGACAACGACGGCCAGGGAGUAGUGUGCGUUUUGCAAGGAAUGAUGGUCAUGUACGGCGGGCUGGCGGGCAGCUUCUGGUGGGUCAUGCUCACGUUCACCGUCUUCCAGUUCAUCGUCAUCCAGCUUUCCUCGGAUGGCGUCAAGAAGGCACUCCACAUAGCGUCACAUGUGGUCGGCUGGGGCAUGCCCGCCUUCUUCGUGACCAUCGCCCUGGGCGCCCAGCAGUUCGACGGGCAGGUGGGGAGUCACAAUUGCUUCGUGUCCCGUCCCUGGGACUGGGGCAUAUUCUACGCACCCGUGUUUGUGAAUCUGUGCGUGGGCACCACCCUGAUGACGAUCGUUAUCAUCAAAGUCUUGAGGAUACGAUCGCAGCUGAAGGAGCAGACGCAUAUCUCGAUGGAGCAAGUGAUCCGGUUGUCGCUGCUCAUAUUGGGCUACUGGCUCGUCUACGCCUACGUCAUCGGCUACCGCAUCUACCUCGAAGCUGUCAGGAGUUCGAUCGAAGACGCUGUGGAGGAUCAGAUUGCCUGCAGCGCUGCGACGGGUGACGAGUGUCCGCUCUCCGUUGGAAUUAACAAGGGCGCCUGGUAUUGGGAAGCGUUUGCUGUCGGCGGUCAGGGCAUCAUCAUCUUUUGCUGCCUGGGCCUCUCCAAGGAAACGUUCACCUUCUGGCGCGUGCUGUUCGAGAACUGGCGGCGACCAAUGUCGGUGAUCAAGCACGGUGUGAGGAGCCACCAGCCGCACACAGUGGUCCACUUCAUCUCCCAGCCACAGCAACUCACGCUCCAUGUCCGCUGA